UGGUUAGCACCUAAACACCAUAAGUUACUAGCAAAAUCAUUUUGGUGCAUCAGUAGUUAGUUACUUUUGCCAAGAUUUCCCGCCUAUUUUUAGUAGAAAAACUGACUGUUUGUUUUCUGUCCCAAAAGAUAUGCUUGAACCUCAACAGCUCUCUCUCAGGAACAUAAUCUUGCGCUUGAUAGAAGCAUGCAAGAACCCUACCCAACUUAAACAAAUCCAUGCCCAUAUCUUAACAUGUCCCAACUACAUCCAACAAGAACAUUUCUUAAUUUCUCGUCUUCUCUUCUUUACCGCCCUUUCAGAUUCAGGUUCACUUAGCUACUCCUCAGAAAUUUUUCGAAGUAUAAAAAACCCAAAUGUCUCUAUCUAUAACAUCAUGAUCAGGGCCUAUGCUUCUAAAAUUGACGGGGAUUAUGAUACACAUUUGUGUCGGGCUAUAGUACUAUACAAGCAGAUGCUCACUCAUGGUGUCUCACCUGAUUGCCUCACUUUUCCAUUUCUUGUAAAAGAAUGCACGAGGAGCGUUGCUGUAGGCACAGGCGGAGGUAUUCAUGGACAGGUUAGCAAGCUUGGAUUUUGUACUGAUCUGUUUGUUCAAAAUUCACUAAUAAGUUUUUAUUCGGCAUGUGGGCUCGUAAAGAGUGCCAGGAAGUUGUUUGAUGAAAUGUCUAACAGAGAUGUUGUUUCUUGGAAUUCGAUGAUUAUUGGAUCUUUGAGAAAUGGGAGUCUUGACGAGGCACUGAAUUUGUUUCAACAUAUGGAUAAGAGAAAUAUUAUUACAUGGAAUUCGAUUAUAACAGGGUUUGUUCAGGGUGGUCGGCCAAAGGAGGCCUUGGAAUUUUUUUAUGACAUGCAGUGUUUGAGCGAUGAGAUCAAUAUGGUUAGACCUGAUAAGAUUACUAUUGCUAGUGUACUUUCAGCUUGUGCUUAUCUUGGUGCUAUUGAUCAUGGGAAGUGGGUGCACAAUUACUUGAGGAGAAACGGUGUAGAAUGUGAUAAGGUGAUCGGAACUGCAUUAAUUGACAUGUAUGGUAAAGGCGGUGGUCUGGAAAGAGCUUAUGAAGUUUUCAGGGAAAUGCCUGAGAAGGACACCUUGGCAUGGACGGCUAUAAUUUCAGUGUUUGCACUUCAUGGAUAUGGUAAGAAGGCUUUUGAUAUUUUCAAGGAGAUGGAAGCAAAAGGGGUGAAGCCUAACCAUGUUACAUUUGUUGGAUUAUUGUCAGCUUGUGCUCAUUCUGGAUUAGUAGAGAUAGGAAGAUGGUGUUUUGAUGUCAUGAAACGGAUUUACUUGAUUGAACCGCAAGUGCAUCACUUUGCAUGCAUGGUUGAUAUGUUUGGUAGAGCUGGACUAUUUGAAGAGGCAGUGGCACUUAUUAGAAACAUGCCAAUGGACCCUGAUGUAUUUGUUUGGGGCGCCUUACUGGGGGGAUGCCAAAUGCAUGGUAAUGUACAAUUAGGAGAAAGAGUGGCACAAUGUUUAAUCAAUUUGGAGCCUCGGAACCAUGCUUUCUACCUGAACUUGUGUGAUAUGUAUGCAAAAGCUGGUAGAUAUAAUGAUGUGAAGAGAAUUAGAGCCUCAAUGAAAGAACAAGGAAUUAAAAAGGAAAUCCAAGGCUGUAGCAUGAUUGAAGUUAAUGGAAUUGUAUAUGAAUUCUCAGUAAUGGGCUCCCCUGAUGUUGUGAUGGAGGAACUGCUUUGUUUAUUGAUUGCAUUAACUAAUGAGAUGAAGAUUAAAGGUAAUGUAUAAUGAAUGAUGAGACGCCAAUGGAGCCAUGCAUUUAUGGUGAUAUCUGGUCGACAUACAAGCGAAUUGUUUACCUUUCAUUCAUUUUGGAUUAUAAGAAGUUAUUAAUCAGCUGUCUAAAAUCUCCGAGUGAAACAGCUGAGAGAAGUUUAUUCCUGGAGGAGCCUUAUUGCAAUAUAAGAUGAAUGAUAGGCCCUCGAUGCGCUGCAACUGUAUAAGACAAAGGGAGCUGAACAGAGAUGCAUGCUUUAUGGAGCAUGUAGGUAAAGAGUAGAUGAAGGAUGUGGCUUCAAUCAAAAGAAGUUAAUUUGCUUUUCUGUCUUUAUGUUUUAUGGUUUCUAAUGCAAGCGUGUGAAAAUACGUCACAGCUUAUCUUCAAAAGAUGCUAACUGCGAGAUAUAAAAGACUAAUGCAUCCAUCAAAAAAGUGCAAGCAAAACAAAAACGAAGGGCCAAAAAGAUCCACUCACGCUCAAUGCUAUGCUGAACUUUAUCUUUGUAUAUGGUCCAAUGAGGAAAACUUCAAAUGAUAUGAUGCUUUUUGUCCUCUGAUCACGAAAUGCUAUGCUAUCACUUCAAAUUAUAUGAUGUUCGUCCUGAAGCAUAGAAUAUUAAGCAGUUCCUUUCUGGAAUCUGCUUUUGAAUUCUCUAUGCAACGUGUUUCACAGUGACUGCUCUACUCUUUGCUUUAAAGCACGCAUUUUCUUUUCAUGGGAUUUUUUUUAUUGUCGCCAUUUUGUAGUCCAAUUAGCAUAUUUAUUUGUCUCUGUGUUUGUCUUUGCACCUAAGAAUAUAUUCUUUUACAGAAAGGAACAAUAGGAUUUGCAGAUCAAGGAUUCGCAUUAGGUCUAUGUUUUAGAAUUUUCAGGCACAAGGUUAUCUCUGUAAACAUAGGCAGUGAGUAGAUUUAAGAGAAACGACAAGUUUCAAUGGUUCUAGAGAGGUGACAGACAAAAGAACUCUGUUGCAAAGAGAAAAACAGAAUUGCGUCGGUGCUAAA